AUGUUGCUGGCUCUGAUCACCAGCGCGGCGAGCCUCGCCGAGCCUCCCUCCGCCCCCGCGCUUUCGGAGGGGCCCUCGCUGCGCGCACGGGUGAGCGCUCGCCCGCGCCUCAAGGUCUUGAAGCGGCUACAGGCGAAGGGCAACCGGCUCUUGCUCGGCGGGAGCUGCGACUCGGCCGGCCGCUGCAGCUUCGAGGCCAAGUGCGCCGAGCCUCUCCUUGGCGGCACCAUCGCGCUGAGCGGACGCUCGCUGCGGUGGAGCCGGCUGUGGCUGCUGCCUGGCCUGGCCGACGCGGCGACGCGCGUGGAGGUGUGCUCGGCCGUCGACCUCCGCACGGGCAAGCCCGACGCGGAGCUACGGCGCGGCCUCAGCCUGGUGCACGCGGUCCCGCUCUCCCUCCCGCUGGGCGGCGAGCAGGCGAGACUGCGCGAGACUGCGCUCGAGGCGCGCGGGACGCGGGCGGCGCGUGCAAACGUGCCGGCUGAGGUCACGCUCAGCGCGCGCGACCCGCGCGCCGCGCUGCGGUCCGCGCGCUUCUCCGUGGACAUCGAUCGCGCCGACUUGUGCGUCGAGUACUAG